UGGCAAGUGAUCCAUGUAACAUUCGAGAAACUUCAGUCGUCAAGCACUAUGAAUUUGAAAACUGUAAUUUUGUGUGUUCUGGUGCUUCCACUCGCCAAUCAAGCCAAACCAUGGAAAAGAAGUACCGGUAGUCUGGACAAGCUCAUGAAGAAGAUUCUGUCCCAAGAACAACCAUAUACUGAAGAUGAACUUCGGAGCGAAAUUUCUUCAUGGAUCAUGGAUUACUUGGAUUUUUACAUAAAAGCACUUACUGAGAUGGAUUCGGUAAAGGAUAUACAAAAUGACAUGAUACGGCUUUAUGAUCUCAUGGUUUACAACUGGAUGUUCUAUCUCAAACCUGAGAUUACAGAUGACGUUAGAGAUUUUCUUCCAAAAAGUUUUGAAAAUCUGCAAACUGCACAGGAUGUUGUCAAUAGAUUGAAAACAGACAUUAAACAUUAUUCAGAAGAAACAAUUACCAAAGCAUUGGUACGAUACCAGUAUUCAUCCAUCGGCCUAAGUGGUCACGAAUUACUUAAACAAGAACUAACAAAUGAGCUAACCUCAACUUGGGAAAAACUCAAGGAAAAUUGGAAUAACCGACGGAGGACUGGAACACCAGAAGAGAAACUAAAGUACAGUAUGUUGAUGCGAAAAGUUAACAAAGAAAACGAUCCGGUGAUGGUCGUGCAUGAAUCAGACAUCGUCAUGUGUGCUCAGACAAUCUUCCUUCUUUUUCACCAAGAAGUGACGGACCCUAACUAUGAAUGGGCACCGAUGGAAGUUGAGAUUGAUGGGAUAAAAAUCAAACCUUAUAGUAAGUUGAAAAAAGAAACGUUGUUUUCGGGAACUUGGGAAUCGUUUGCUAAAAUCAAGAUUACAGACAAAAAGAUAAACGAACGUCUAAUGGCGUACUAUACCGGCAUAAAAAAAGAGCUAGAAAAAGAAGUGAUAAAAAAAGAGCUAAAAAAAGAAGUGAUAAAAAAAUAAGAGUGACCCAGUUGGAGCUUUUCAACAUUUAUUUCGCCAAAGAGGUUAAAAAGUCUAUUUAUAUUUAGAUGUGUGCAAUUUAUUAUUCACAAUAUUUGUUAACUGUUUGAAUAAUAAAGCUAGUUACACGUG